UUUUUCUUUUCUUACAAGUAAAAGUUUUAUUUUCUUUUUUUUUUUCCUCUUUUCCCCCCUCCCCUUUUUUUUUAAAUUAAGCAUCAUAUACAUUAUUAAAUAAAAUGAGUGAAUAUUGUCCCGUCUAUGCACCUUUCUUCGGUACUAUGGGUUGUGCCGCAGCUAUUGUCUUUAGUUGUCUUGGAGCUGCUUAUGGUACAGCCAAGUCUGGUGUUGGCCUUUCUGCUAUGGGUGUUUUGCGUCCUGAUUUAGUAUUGAAAUGUAUUGUCCCUGUUGUUAUGGCUGGUAUUUUGGGUAUUUAUGGUGUUGUCGUUUCUGUCCUUUUAUCGGGUGGUCUUGCAAUGAAGCAAACACUUUUCAGUGGUUUUAUUCAAAUGGCUGCAGGUCUUUCUGUUGGUCUUUCUUGUCUUGCUGCUGGUAUCGCUAUUGGUAUUACUGGUGAUGCUGGUGUUCGUGCAACUGCUCAACAACCAAGAAUGUUUGUGGGCAUGAUUUUGAUUUUGAUUUUCGCCGAAGUCUUGGGUCUUUAUGGUCUUAUUGUUGCUUUAAUCCUUAAUACUAAGGCAUCUGGACAAGAAAAUGUCUGCAACUAAAAAGCAAAAAUCAAAAAAAAAAGUAUUAAGAAAAAAAUCAACUAGCGUUAUAGUUUAUUCCUUUUUUUUUCCUAUUUUCUUUAUAUAUCAAGUAAAUCAAUAUAAAUAUACACAAAAAAAAAGUUGAUGUCUUGAAUAUGAAUAAUUUACAUGUUAUAUCAGUUUGAUAGUAUUGUAGCAUAUGUAUUAUUGAUGUCUUUUUUAUUUAAAAUUGUAUACAGACAAGAGGGAAUCAUUCUAAAUUUUAUGCUAUUAUAGUAUAUUGUAAUCGCUAUUAUUGUUACGCAUAAAUAUGUCAAUGUAUAUAAAAUUAAGUAUAAAUUUGAUAGGAAAAAAAAAGAUAGAGUAGAGAGGAAGGAUAAGGAGAAAGAGAGA